GUCAGCUUGCAGUAUCCUGAUACACACACAUAUAUAUAUAUCCACAGCACUGAACCUGCACCCUCCCUCCUUGCUGCAGAUUUCUGUAUGUGAUGUGAAGAGAGCGACAGAAGUCCCCGCUGCUGUAGCAUUGGCACCUAUCUUUACAUUUCAGAAGCACCAUGCUGCCUCCUUCCUCUGCCCUCUUCCUGUCUUCUGUUCUUCUUUGCUGUUCAGCCAAAGGAUUUAGUGGAGGUUAUGGACCAGUGUUCGAGGAGCAGCCACAUAAUACAUUGUUUCCAGAGGGGUCAGAAGAACAACUUACCCUGGCUUGCCAUGCCCGGGCAAUCCCUUCUGCCACUUACAGGUGGAAACUGAAUGGCACAGAGCUCAAUCUUUUGGCAAAUUCCAGUUACCAACUGGUAGGAGGAAAUUUGGCCAUCUCUAACCCAACACAGUCUAAGCAUACAGGAACCUAUCAAUGUGUGGCCUCCAACCAGAAGGGUACUGUUGUUAGUAGUGAAGCCUCACUGCGCUUUGGAUAUUUGCAUGAAUUCCCACCCGAGGAGAGAGAUCCAGUUAAAACAACUGAAGGAUGGGGAGUAAUGUUGCCAUGUAAUCCCCCACAGCACUACCCCGGUUUGUCAUACCGAUGGCUCCUAAAUGAGUUUCCAGUGUUUCUGCCUACUGAUAGCCGGAGAUUUGUAUCUCAAGUGACAGGAAACCUGUACAUUGCCCGCACAGACACCCAGGAUGAAGGGGGGUAUUCCUGUCUGACCACCAGCCACAUUGCUUUUACCACCAAAAGUGUUUACAGCAGCUUCACACGGCUUAGUAUUACUCCAGAAGCGGAGCCGCGGUUAUACGCCCCCAGUAUUAAAGUGCGUUUCCCAGCAGAGACAUACACUCUUUCCAGGCAGUCAGUUACACUGGAAUGCUUCGCCUUUGGAAACCCGGUGCCUCGUAUUCGAUGGAGGAAGGUAGAUACGUCACAGCCCCCUCGGUGGUUUGCUUCAGACCCUGUUCUGCACAUUGAAAGUGUCAGCUUUGAGGAUGAUGGAACCUAUGAAUGUGAAGCUGAAAACUCUAAAGGCAGGGAUACCUACCAAGGUCGAGUGAUAGUGCAAGCACAGCCAGAGUGGCUCCAAAUUAUCUCUGACACCGAGGCCAAAAUCGAUUCUGAUCUUCUAUGGACCUGUGCAGCAUCUGGUAAACCCCGUCCUACCAUUCGCUGGUUGAAAAAUGGAGAAUCACUAACCUCGAAGGCACGAAUAGACGUGAGCAACGGGCGGCUGAAAAUCUCCAGUCUGAAUAUAGACGAUUCAGGCAUGUACCAGUGUGUAGCAGGAAACAAGCAUGGCACAAUUUAUACAAGUGCUGAACUCACUGUUCAAGCUCUGGCUCCUGACUUCCGUCUGUCUCCAGUGAAACCACUAAUUCCUGCAGCUCGUGGUGGGGAAAUCAUGAUACAUUGUAACCCACGAGCAGCUCCGACCCCAGUCAUCCUAUGGAGUAAAGGGACUGAACUUCUACGCAACAGUAGCAGGGUCACAGUCACUUCUAAUGGUACCCUAAUCCUGAAGAAUAUAUCUCGCACAGAUGAGGGGAAUUAUACUUGUUUUGCAGAGAAUCUCAUGGGAAAGUCCAACAGUACUGGCAUCCUUAGCGUGAGAGAAGCCACAAGAAUUACUUUGGCCCCUUCAGGAUCAGAUAUCAAUGAGGGGGACAGUGUUAUACUGCAGUGCCAUGCUUCCCAUGAUCCUACCAUGGAUCUCACAUUUACGUGGGAGAUAGAUGGAAUGCCAAUAAACUUUGAGAAAGAAGAAGAACAUUAUCAAAGAAAUUCAGGGGAUGAAUCUAUUGGAGAUCUUCACAUUAUUAAUGGUAAACUAAGACAUGCUGGGAAAUACAGAUGCACAGCUCAGACCGUGGUGGACCGAGCCUCAGCUUCAGCCACUCUCCUUGUGCGAGGCCCCCCUGGCCCACCAGGAGGUGUGGUAGCGAGAAACGCAAAAGAAACAAGCAUUCAACUGAGCUGGAGUCGCGGCUUCGAUAACCAUAACCCAAUCAGUCGGUAUGCCGUGGAGGUGCAGGAAUCAGGAAAGGAAGAGUGGAAGACUGCACGGACAGAUCCUGCCACCGUGGAGGGAAAUGCAGAAUCAGCUUUAGUGAUGGGACUUACACCAUGGACUGACUAUGUAUUCAGAGUUGUGGCUAGCAAUAUUUUAGGAGCUGGGGAACCCAGUGCUCCAUCAGCUAUAAUAAGAACAAAGGAGGCUGCACCAAUUGUGGCGCCAUCAGGCCUUAAUGGUGGAGGAGGGGCACCGAAUGAACUCACAAUUACCUGGAAACCAUUGGAGAAACAGUACCAACAUGGAGAUGGUUUUGGAUACAUUGUUGCAUUCAAAAGAACGACUGAGGAGUCCUGGCAGACAGUUAAAGUUCUUGGGGCGCAGUCUGAACACUUUGUCUACAGAAAUGAGAGCAUAGCAGCAUACACCCCCUUCAAUGUCAUGAUCAAGGCAUUUAACCAGAAAGGAGAAGGACCUUACAGCCUGGAGACCAUUGUAUACUCUGCAGAGGAGGAGCCAAGUGUUUCACCAUCUGAUGUGACGGCGGCAGCUCUAUCAUCCUCCGAGAUUAAAGUGGAAUGGAAGUCUGUGGCAACUGUCAAGGGAGUUUUACUGGGCUAUGAGAUCAGAUACUGGAAGGCGGGUGAUAAAGAAGGUGCUGCUGAUAGAGUGAGGUCGGAGAGCAUGGACACAGUUGCCAGAGUGAGUGGACUAAAGCCGAAUACUCUAUACCACGUGACAGUACGUGCUUACAACAGAGCUGGUACUGGGCCACCUAGCCCCAUCGCCAAUGUUACCACCACCAAAUCCCCUCCAAAUAGACCCCCGGGUAAUAUUUCUUGGACACUGUCCCGGUCUAGUGUCAGAAUCAAGUGGGACCCAGUAAUAGCGAUGAGAAAUGAGUCUUCUGUAACUGAAUACAAGAUACUUUAUAGGGUGGAUUCCCAUUCAACUCCUACCCUAUAUGUAACAAGCAAGACACAAGCAGAACUUCCGCUUCCUGAAGGUGCCAACCAUGUGACUAUUCAGCUACGUGCCACUGGAUUGGGAGGUGAUGGGGAGCCAGCAGAGGUGCAUAUUCCCACAAGUUCAGGAACCAGCAUGAUGGUAGAAAACUCCGUUUCUCAGACCUGCAUGACUAAAACAGUUGCUGUCUUGGUUCUGAUGAGGUAUCUCGCAGUUUGAGGUGCCAUUCCUAUUACCCUGAAGAUGGAGGAGUUGACCGUUGACUCUAGCCUCUCACUUCCCAGACAAUGAAAAAACAUCCCUAACAGCAAAAGACAGCAUUUUUUUUCUGUAGAAAGCAGUUUAAGCAACAAAAAAAAAAGAAAAAGAAAAAAAACCACAAACUUUUUGCUGGCAAAGUGUAUGUGUCCUCUAGAAGCAAAAGGCAUAGUGGCAGAUGCGAUUUCUUAAAACUGAAGUGGAAUUUACUUUUAGAAGGUAGGGAGGGGUGCAAGCACUUUUUGAUGGGACACAUUUGGGGGUUUUGUCUUAUGAAGCCAUGUGUACAUGCUUUAUAAAUAGCAAUUUCUUUUUUUUUUACAAUUGCCUGUGUUUCCUUUUAUU